AUGCCCGAUAACAAUAACAAUAGUAGUAGUAAUAAUUCCGAGAUUUUAACACGGAACGAGUACCCCACACCUGCUCCGCCAGCUUUUUUUAACGCCUCCCCUGUCCUCACCCUACCAGUGACUCUUCAGAAGGUAACCGAGUUUGAUCCGGCAAAACAAGAAAACCUGUCACCCCACACACUGCCGGAUGGAAGUGAAUAUUAUGGUGACAUGCUGCUCGACAAACCACACGGUCUUGGAAUUGUUAUCUUCAAGGAUACUUCAUCCAUAUAUGGCAGCGGGGACCGGUAUGGGGGGCGUUGGGCUAACGGCGCUUUUCAUGGAGAGGGUGUACUUAAUACAACCCGUUUUACAUAUGAGGGUGAGUUCAACAGUGGCAGGAUGUGCGGUCGCGGAAAAAUAACUUAUAAGCGCAGGCCGGGAGAAGUAUCCAAACGCGGUGUUGUUCCUGUUUCACAGUACGAACUCACCCACCCACCAAAGGAGUAUGAAGGGGAUUUUCAUCACACUUAUCACCGGCACGGACGUGGUAUUUUGCGAUACGCUAACGGAGACGUUUACAAGGGGGAGUUCAAUUCGAAUUCUCGUCACGGACGUGGGCGCCUUGAGUGUGCGAGUGGCGAGGUGUACGACGGUGAAUGGUUGAAGGAUGAGCGGCAUGGAGGCGGAAAGGUUAGUUAUGUGGAUGGUGGGGAGUUUAAGGGGAUGUUGGUGCGCGGUAAGCGUGACGGUGAAGGCUGCAUGCGUUACCCCAAUGGAGAUGAAUACUUUGGCAACUUCAGUAACGAUAAGAUCGAGGGGCGCGGCACUAUGCGCUACAAGAAUGGUGACAUAUACGAAGGAAUGUGGAAAGGUGGACUACGCCAUGGUGAAGGUAAGUCAACCUUGCAUAAACUUGGUGCGAUUGUAGAGGGAGACUUUGUGCAAGGUCUCAUACACGGCAAAGGUGUGGUGAAGUACCCGGGUGUGUCCACGUUUGUGGGCGUUUUCGAAAACGGGGAGCGGAAGCACGGAACAAUGUUUUGGCACCGGGUGCCCGCCGACGGUGGAAUAUGCUACCAGGGAGAGUGGGUUGGUGAGAUGCGGCAGGGGCGCGGCCUCGUUUGGUACGAAAACGGUGAUUUCUUCUUUGGUUCGUUCGUGAAAAACAUGCGUCACGGGGGCGGAAAUUUACGGUAUGCCGAUGGCUCGGAGUAUAGCGGUAAUUUUGUUAACGACGUCCGGGAGGGUGAGGGAAUCCUUCAACGAAAGAACGGCUCCAUUCAGGCGGGAAUCUGGCGCAACGACGUUCUUGUCGAUGGCUACGAUGGUGAAUGGGAUGGUGUCAGUUUCAAUGGUGUUGGAAGUUUAGUCUUCCGCAACUUGCUGGCGCAUAAGGGUAAGGGUAGUAAAGGUGGUGGCAUUCCCGGUAGUUUGCCGGCAGGUGGUAACUCUGGUAAGAGUGGAGAUGGAGCCCCUUCUGGGGAUGUCACUACAUCUCCUUUGUUGGAGCACUUUGGCGUAUUUUGCCAGGGCGUGCGUCAUGGGCCCGGAGUCCUGCGGUUGUGUGGUCACGUCCUGAUAGGCAACUGGAUAAAUGACACACUUUCGUGCGACUCCGGCUCGUGGGAGUUCCCAUCCGGUGAUUUAUACGUGGGGAGCUUCAAAGACGGUUUUCGCAAUGGACCUGGUGGUCGUAUGUGGUUCACAGACGGUUCAUACUUUUCUGGUGACUGGCGCUUGGAUUCUCCUAUUGGUGUUGGGCUCUACCACGCCGUCAGCACGAAAAAUGUCACCAACCCUGCCGAGGAAUGUUUGGCUACAGCCAAUACGGCACACCAGGUUGAGUCACAGAAGGAGGAGCAGAGGGAUGGCUCGAACACAUUGAUGUCCCUCUUCACGAGCUUCUUUCGCAACGAACCUUUAAAGGGGGAAAAGGAAUGUGAAGUUCUGACCACUGUUUGCCAUGAGCAUUAUCUGCUUCGUGGUGAAUGGAGGCCGACCGUCGUUCCCUAUUCGUCAUGCCAGUUACUUGUGGCUCAAUGUGCAGCAGCUGCCAUUAGUGCCCCAGACGUCACUGCCGUAGUCGCAAAGGUAAAGAAGAAAAAGCAGAACGAUGUAGUUAUUGGGAAACCACCUGUAACGAUGUGUCUUGGACUGCAAGAGGGCAGUGGGGUUGUCCUAUUUAACUCCGGAGUCUGUAUGCGUGCCGAUUGGGUGCAGAGCCACCCAAAACUCGUUUUCCCUCAUCGAGCUAAUGCUCCGUACCACGGGGAAAUUCUAAAGCAGAACGCCGAAAAAAAUAUUAGUGAAGCACCUCUCUCAGAAAGCGGUACUGGCAAAGUCUGCGCCGUGUGCGAGAAACCCUUCACAUUUUUUCGUAAGGAACUAAAAUGUGCUAUUUGUGAUCGGGUUUGCUGCAACUCCUGUUACAACACUUUGGACCUGCGCGAUCACCCGAAGCUGGAGGCUUUGAUGCGACAGUGUAAGGCAACGCCUAUUGGCGACAGUGAAGCAGAAGCACCUGCUGUAGUUAACUCUCCAUCGCAGUUACAGGCAUGUACAACUUGUAUUAGUACGUUGCAACUCGAAGCCCAAUUCAUCACACUUUGGCUUCCCAUGCGGUAUUGUAACUGUGCCUCACAGGAGGGUGAAGAAACGGGUGCUGUUGGUGGUGGUGAAGAUGAAGAUGGGAAAACUCCAGUUCCAAGCACACCAGAAGGCAAGGAAGAAAGUGUGAAUCCAGAUUUGUGGUGCACUACCGGCACGGAGCAGGGGACCUGUGACCCACGGGCACAAACGAAGGAGGAUGAGUAUAUUAUUUAUGAGGGUUACAUUUCCUCCGCCAUCCCACACAUUUUCGGUUCCCUUUGGUGGGGAAAAAAUGAAUACUACCUAGGAGGGUUCAAGGAGGGUCGAAGGCAUGGUUUCGGUACGCAGAUUCUUUGGAACGGUGAAACCUACACUGGGGGGUUUGCAGAUGACAAGUGGCACGGUGAAGGUGCGUACAGCUGCUCGGAUGGUACUGCUUACGCCGGUACGUGGGAGAACGGAGCCCUCAAGACAAUCAAAUAUCAUGGAGAGUUGGACUCCAAGGGUCGUCAACAUGGCCGUGGACAGUCAUACGGUUGUGGUAAAGAUGGAAAGUCUCGCUACAAUGGUGAGUGGAAACAUGGUGUGUGGCACGGUUCAGGGAUUUUACAGGACGAUGACGGAUUUUUGUACAGCGGUGAGUUCACGUCGGGUCGUAUCGAAGGCAUGGGGAAAUUGCUUCUUGGAGGUAGCGUCUAUUAUGGUAACUUCGUCGCCGGUAAACAACAUGGUCAUGGGUUUGAGUUAUUUUCAGGUGAAUGUGCAGUUGUGGGUGAAUGGCGUAAUGGUGUUUUAUGUGGUUCUGUGGCAAUUCAUGAUGCAGCCACGGAAUCUGUGUAUGAAACUACAUAUGCCAACGGAAACGAGCGGGACGACUGCUUCAUGUUACCUGUAAUGGUGAACGACGACAAGGCAUCGCACUGUUCUCUCUGCAGUGCUACAUUUACCUUUUUCAUUCGGCGUCAUCAUUGUCGUCUUUGUGGUGAGGUUUUUUGCGAUGCUUGCUCACAGUCGCGUGCCUCUAUGCCCCCACAUUUCAAAAUGGACGGACAGCAGCGCGUGUGUGAUCGCUGCUUCCAGAGGUUGAAGUGCGGCCGCAUGCUUGCAAUAAGGCGCUACGGCAGAAAUCGAGAAGUGUAUGCCGGCUGCUGGUCACAGGGUCAGUGGGUAUCACGUGGUUUAUUCCGCCGUGCAGAUGGGUCUGUUAUCGUUACAAACAUGGCCGGUAGACCCAUUUUGGAUUGUGACCCCUCGACAGAUGGGAUGGGAAAGGGGCCUUCUUUUGCAUUACACGGGUGUGCGGCUUUACCACCUGUUGACGAACUACGGAAGUUGCCCGCAUCUCCAGACGCUGAAGUUGAGGCGUUUAAACUUUGGUGGGAAGUAACGUCAACUGUUAUUGGUCUCGCUGUUCCACUGAAUACAGAGCCUAUCGAAAGUUUCACCCUUCCACGCCCGCCACAUAUCAGGGCACCAAACCUGUUUUCAAUGCUGGAUGGUGGGAACGACAAUGCAGCUGCUGUCCGAGCGGCGAACUUCAGACCUGCCAUUCCUCCACCCCCACCGCCAUUCCCUGCGCUGGAUGAUUUCAAGAAAAAGACUGAAGUGAAAUCAGCGCCUCCACAAAAGCCAGUUAUCACAGAGACAAGUGUCUUUUCCCGCAUUGUAGAUAGAUGUGCGGAAAGGCUUCCCUUGGGUUCCCCUCCUCUGGGUGAUGAUGAUGACUCAACAGAGAGCGUAGUUCCUUCACGUUACACUCGCAAAGAUUUGCUGCCUCCUGUGCCUGCGUGUCCACCCUCUGGUAUGGACGACCGCAUUGUAUGGAGUGACUGGGCAAUACGACGAGUUCCAAAGUAUGGUGGCAUCGCUGCCCUUUCGGGGACUGGCAGUUCAACACGUCUGCCGGAAGAACUUAAUCACGUGCCCUUCGCAUGUUCCUUCGUUCCCCCUGUUGUUCCCGAUGCUGACCGGGUUGUGUUGGGCACUGAGCGACGUUGGCGGCCCGAACCAUUUAAGUGUCCACAAGAGUUCACAAUAGAUGAAGCUCCCAAUCUAGAAGUGAUUGUGCAGCAACGGGACCGGCUGUUUGGCCGUAAGCCAGCUAGUAGUGAAAGUUGA